UAAUUGGGGAAAUUGCCUGAUCUGUUUGGAUUCCUGGGAGGACCAUGUGAACUCAUUUGCACAAAAGCAAACAAACAGAAUGUGAAAUCCACGCUGGGGGAGAGCGUUCUCGUGCUGUGUGCCCGACAGCUGGCAGCUAAACCACACACUUCUGUGCGUGCUGUGCAGCAGAGGCCGCGGUGGAGCUCGACCCCUUCCUUUGCCCCCACAUCCCUGCAGAUGGGCCUCCCUCCCGGCGCCGUCCCGGCCAGCCUGCGCCGGAGCAGCUGACGUCACCGUGUUUACACUGGGCUCGUGGCACGGUUCUGCGAUCAGGAAUGUGGAGAAUGGGGCCUGCGUUGAAUCAUGCGCGGUGUUGUCAGCUCUCUUGUGGUGCUUUUAAGCUGAGGAAAGAAUUGGCUGCACUUGUGCUGAGUUCAGGCCUUCUGAGCUCUGGGGAAAUGUGUUGAGGCUGCAUUUUCUUCACUGCAGUCAUCACAUUUGGCUCUUUUCGGUGUGAUCUUUCUUUGGGAAGAUAUCAAAUGCUGAGAAAUCAGCAGUCUGGAGAGUUAAACCAAGUUUGGUCUGUCUCAGUGCCAGCUCUCUGUGUGUCCUCUGGGCCAGCCGCCAGAUAGCCCCAUCUCCGUUCCUUUAAACGUGGCCAGAAGACAGACACCAGCUAGUUCCCAGGCUGUUCUUCACGUUCUGUUUGGCAGGGUUGUGUGUUGCUGCACCUCUGUUUUGGUCCUCCUGGAAAGGGGGCUGUGGGAUAAGGGGAGGAGAAAUCACCAGGUGCUUUCAGGCAUGGCCUUGUUACAGAGCAGAGGCUGCUCUGAGAAACAAGGCCUGACAGAGUUUUGUUCCUCUGGGUAAAAAUGCUCAAGUCCAAGGAAGUUAAUUUGCUGUUGCAAGGGGGCUGGAACCAGUCUCUUCUUUUGUCUGAUUGCUGAUAGCUCUCUUGACCCCAUCCCAGCUUUUGGGGCCGUCACAGUCUGCUGGUUAACCCCAGCAGUGGUCCCAGCUACAGACCCUUUUGGUUCGCAUCUACGCUGACUUUCCUCACAGCAGCUCUCAGGUCUGAAAGUGGUUUGGCUGUGGGUUUGGGAGGUUCCAGUGAGGUUCAUUGAAAUUGCUCCUCCUGGCAGCAUUGAAAAAGUCACUUCAUCACCUUUUAGCUAUAUGACGUAGGUAGAAGUUCUAGUGCUUGACAGACCUUUGGAUUCUCCCGGUAAAGGGUUUUGCUGAGCAGAUUUGGCUGUAAACGUGAACGUUCAAUUUCAGCCCACAGGUUAGUCCGUUCUUUAGCAUUUCCAUUUGUGGGUUUAUAUAGAUUUAACAGAAAUCGUGAUGCAAAGGAUGGAGUAAGUCAUUGACUUUGUAGGGUCUAGACUGUGUGAGCACCCCUCCUGAUUCUGCAGCCUGCCCCAAGAAGCUCUCUUCCCUGUGCCCUGCCUGGUGCGGCACGGUUGUUGCCUUGUUUGUUUUUUUCAGCUCCGCUAUAAUGAAGGAAGUUUGAGCAUUUGCCAGACAGCUGAGAAUUGUUUAGCACUGCAAGGCAAACAAAUUUCUGCAGCACCACUGACUGUAGCUGCCCUUGGUCCCUUGUGCUCACCAGAGAGCAGCGCAGAGAGGUGCUGAGGUGGUGAUAUUUUUAGCUCCUCCAGUGAUUACCUUCCUUCUGUCCCUUUCCCCGGUGGGCAUUUUGUUUGCCAAGGGGGAACGGAGGAAAGAAAUAGAAUGGUAUGGGAAAGUGAAGAACUGAUCUUCACAAAGCAAUAGCUUGUGUGUGAUCCAUCCUUUUUGCCUGCUUCAGUGCAGCUACCUCCGUUGGCUGGCAAAGUGACCCUUUUACGCUAGCACUGUCAGGUUGUAGCGGACAUCUCAUUGCAAGGAACAUUGUCCUCCGGGUAUAAAUAGCCUGCCUCCUGGCAGGCUCGAGUCUUUGGGAACAUCUGAAUUUUACUUCUCUGCCAGGUGUCCUAGAGAAUGCUGAACUCACUCACCUCUAACAGGCAGUAGAUGCACUGUGGGGAGCCUGAGCCACAGCUGCCAGAAGAGCAGAAGUUCAUAUUUGCUGACUUGUACAUCUUGGCUUGAUCUUAGCUAUAACUCUAGCCUUUAAAUCUAGCAACCAAAAUAGUAGCAAACUAAAUUGCCGUUGACUGGGACUGAAGGUACAAAGGUGCUUGUGGACUGCACUUGUGCAAGAAUGCUUGCCUUGCUUAAGGACACUUUCAGUUCCGGAUUGUUUGAGACACAGACAUGAUUGUCAAGUGAUAUCUGAGGGUUCAAUUCAUUGGGUGGUGCAGCAGCAUUCUGAACUAAAGCCUGAGAGGAGGAGGUAUGUGGGGACAGAAACAGGAGCUCAGGUAUGAUUCAGUAUAAAAACAAGCUUGUGAGUUGCUCAUAUCAGUGCUGAAAUCCCACCUUCCCUGGUAGUGAAGGAGUCUGCUCUCCUCUGGUUUUGGUCUCCCUUAAUCUUUGUUUUAUCGUGAGUGUAUCUUGGCUCUGAAGAUAAGGGAGGGAGACGGUGGUGCUGUCCUGGCAUUGCCACAGACUGAUAGGGACUUCCUUACAGAAAAGACCUGCAACUGGGGGUCAGCUUUGGGUGACUGGGAGAGGUGGGGGCUGCUGAGGUGUCAGCACAAACUUGCGCUGGCAUCCCAGCGUGUCCACGUGCUUGCUUGUGCGGCAGCGUCAGGUUGCAGGUCUUUGACUUCAAUCUAAAUGUAGUGACUUUGGGAAGCAGAGAAAGUUUGGAGAGGAGUGACUGCAGUAAUGGUGUUCUGUGCCCAGGGAGCUGCGCUGGGGAGGCAAAGGCUUCCCCUCUUCUUGCUGCUCAUGAACCGUGCUGUUUUGUGUCCUUGGGAUCACCAGGAGUCUGGUAGGACUCUUGUCCUGAGGAGUUUCUGGUUGUGCUCGGGCAGUGGCUGGGGAGGGUGUGCUGGAGUGGCCAGAUGCCUCGCCAUGCCUGGGGGCUGCAAGGAUGAAGCUGGGAGCAAGAGGUGCAGGCUGCCAGCGUGCUGAGUCAGCGUGACUGGCCCGGAGCAGGCGUGCUCUGGACGCAGCCUGCUGCCUGCCAGGCUAUUUUUAAAGAUGUGGCUUCCGUGUAUUCUGGCUCCUCCUAGUUUUUUUUAAUUUUCCCCCACCCCAAACAAAAAACAGCAUUGCUGCAAGUCUCCAUGGGCGUAGGGGUGUGGAAGGGCAGCACUUUCUGCUCGAGGACAGAAUCUGUCGCUUAACCUGACUGACAAGGCUGUCGUGUUAUGACGACCCCCAACAAAGGAAACAAGGCCUUGAAGGUGAAGCGGGAGCCAGGCGAGAAUGGGACCAGCUUGACAGAUGAGGAGCUGGUGACCAUGUCUGUGCGGGAGCUGAACCAGCAUCUACGAGGCCUGUCAAAGGAGGAGAUCAUCCAGCUGAAGCAGCGUCGCCGCACGCUGAAGAACCGAGGCUACGCAGCCAGCUGUAGGGUCAAGCGCGUUACCCAGAAGGAGGAACUGGAGAAGCAGAAGGCAGAGCUGCAGCAGGAGGUGGAGAAGCUGGCCUCUGAGAACGCCAGCAUGAAAAUGGAACUCGAUGCUCUCCGCUCCAAAUACGAGGCACUCCAGAACUUCGCCAGAACCGUGGCCCGGAGCCCUGUCACCCCUGUGCGGGGGCCUCUCACCUCCAGCAUGGGGCCCCUUGUCCCUGGCAAGGUUGCUACUACUAGUGUCAUCACAAUAGUGAAAUCCAAAACGGACGCCCGGUCUUAGUGAAGCGAGUGUUGCCUGAGCUUGUCUGUGCAGGGCAAUUAGGCACAAAACCAGCCUGGAAUCCCCAAAGCACAAAACCUCCCCACACGGGUCCGGUUUCCUUCUUCUUGGCCCAGGACUGGCCUGCUGAUCGCUCUGGUUUUAUUUUGUGUGAGCAGUGGUGAUGCAUCCCUUGUCCUGUGCAGACAGAACCUCCCACCCAGCAGUCUGUAGCCCUCAGCUGCCCUUGGGACAGACUGUGAGAUCUUGGUGUUCUAGCCGAAGGAAGUCUGCGCAGCGUGGCCGACGGCGCAGCAAGUGGGCUUGGUGGCUUGGGGGAGGCCUGGAGGGAGGCUUUCUUCCUGGAGGUUGGGAACCCCGGUUUUCAGUCACUUCCAACGGCUUUAUUUCAUUACUCUUCCAGGUGGUGUAUUGCGGUGCCUGAC